AUGACAAUAGGAAGCAGCGAUACCCACUUACCUGCACACACCACACUCGACAUCCACUGCACGCAGAGCUCCGUCAACGCUUCGACCACGUUGGUGUCAGCGCCAGUGCAAACUGUCUCCUCGUCCUCAGGCUCUACUUUCGUUUCGAGGAUCGCCAGGAGGCUAGCAGACCAAGGGCAGGUGACAGUAUGGAAGCACCACUAUCGGAAGUACAAUAAAGCAGCGGACUGGCUAGCGAACUACGCUAUGGACACAGGCAAGAGUGUGAUUUAUGGGGCUAGCGAAGAAGAGCAAGGUCACGAGCUGAGGCUAAAGGUGGAGCACUGGGCAACGGGAGACGUUCAGGAAUGGCAAAGAGGACGGAACACGGAGGGAGAGGCAUAA